AACUAAUAAUUUGUGUAUUGCAAUCGAAGUUUAUAUUUUAAUGAAAAUAUAAUAUAGGUAAUGUUUAUUUAGUUAGCCUUGCCACUAAGUUUCUCUAAUGCUUAUUUCUUGAGCCAAAUUACCGUAGCAAAGAACUAAAAAUAUGUUUACAUAUAUUUCGGUUAAGCCGAAACUAUAGGGCGAUCCCGACAAAUACGCAGCAGUAAGGCCCAUAUCUGGCUGAUGCCAUGAUGAUGCCAAUAAAAAAAACUGUACUGUUGUGGCUAAAAUAAUCCCUUGACAUAUUAAGUACAUUUUCUUAAAACAGCUUAUUCGAAACACCACUUCAGCAGCCUUCGUACAAUGUAUGCAAUUUCUAAGACAUUGCACAAUCCUCCCACAAUCAUCGGCGCAUGUCCCUAAUGAUCGUCGUACUCCCCAGUGGGUGAAACUGACUGUCAUUAUAACAUGAGCUGGAUGUACGAAAGACCCAGCUUUAGUAGUUACAGCAAACUGGAAUAUCAACCUUAAAGCCAUGUAUUCACUGAGCAACAGUGUUUCGGAUACACAGUUUCUGAAACAUCACGUAAAUGUUUCCAGGAACAAUGUUUCGGAAACUCUGCCGUCCACACAGUCAGUUGCUUAGGUUAUGUCGCCCGAGGAAGUAGUGUUGUUAUGUGGUGCCUACAUUUUUUUGCAUAAGUCCAUUUCUAGUAAAAAGAAACGUAAAAGAUGGUGGGUCAGGAAUUACUUGCUAAGAAGACAAGACGUAUUAAGUGAUUUAUGCAUGUUUGAUGGAUCAUUUAUAAACUUUCUACGAAUGUCAAAAUCAGAUUUUAAAUAUCUUUUGCAAAAUGUUGGACCAUUUAUAGAGAAACAAGAUACAAACUUACGAAGUGCAGUUACCGCUGAAACAAGACUAGCCAUUACUUUAAGAUAUUUAGCUACUGGAGAUUCAUAUUCUUCACUCUCAUACACUUUUAGAGUUUCCAAACAAUUAAUCAGCCGGAUCAUACCCGAAGUUUGUAAGAAUAUAAUACGUGUGUUGAAGAACUACAUCCAGACCUCAACAAUGCUAGAAGGAACAAAGAUCAAUUCACCAUCACAAAUGGCGAGCGUCUUCGACAUUGCUAAGGACACCGUCCUAUUCCUCGUAUUAUCCUGCUAUUACAUCCUUGAAUCCCUAUUCUGGACCUUAGUACCUAAUGCUAUACGACCUAUGAAGAGUUUGAAGGGAGAUGUGGUGUUGGUGACGGGAGGAGCCGGGGGUGUCGGCCGCCUCCUUGCUGUCAAACUUGCAAGACUUGGCGCCAAGGUCGUCAUAUGGGAUAUUAGUGUCGAAGGUUUGAAGAAGACGUGCGCAGCCGUAACUGAUGAGGGCUACGAAAUUGCAAGCUACGUCGUAGACCUAUCAGAUCGCACUGCAGUCUACGCAGCUGCUGAAAAAGUGAAAAGAGAGGUCGGUAAGGUAGAUAUGCUGAUUAACAAUGCAGGAACAGUUUUCGGCGAAACUCUUUUGGAUCUUUCUGAUUACGCGAUAGAAACCACCUACAAAGUUAACAUACUCUCACACUAUUGGACGGUAAAAGCCUUCUUACCCGACAUGAUCGCCACUGGCAAGGGACACAUCGUGACCGUGGGCUCAGUGGCCGGCAUGCUCGGGACUUACCGCUGCACAGACUACAGCGGCACUAAGUUCGCUACCAUUGGCUUUCAUGAGAGCCUGUUCACCGAGUUGAAGGCUCAUGGCCACAACACAAUCCACGCAACUCUAGUCUGCCCGUACUACAUAAACACGGGUAUGUUUGACGGAGUCUCCCCGCGUCUGAUGCCGAUGUUGGAGCCCGACUACGUAGCUGAGACCAUGAUAGAUUCUAUAAGGAAGAACGAAGUCAAUUGCGUCAUGCCUGGAUCAGUUAGAUACCUUCUACCUUUGAAGUGCCUGCUCCCCGCUAAAAUGUGCUGGGACCUGAUGCACCGAGUUAUGAAGGGGCCACAAGCUAUGAUGGAGUUCAAAGGAAAGCCCAAAGCUGUCGCUACAUAGUAAUUAGAACACUAGACUUACUCAAUUUACCU